AUGAAAUCGAUCGGCGCAUUAAGUCAAAUGAAGAAGCAUGUCCGAUGUUUGGUUAUGCGUGAUGUUAAUACAUUAUUAGUGAGCGCGUCCUCUGCGCUAUCCUCUUCAGCCAGUGAACAAGAUUCACCAAUUGAGCUCGAGACGAAUCCGUAUCAGAAAGAGGAACGUAAAUGUAUCCUAUGUGCUAGAAAGAUUGAAUUGGACUAUAAAAAUGCUCGUCUGCUGCAACAAUUCGUAUCGAAUUUCUCAGGACGUGUUUAUGACAGACAUAUUACCGGUCUUUGUGAGCACCAACAGAAGAAAUUGAUUGAAACAAUUGCGCUUAGUCGACGUGCUGGUUAUAUGCCUGUAUUGGUAAAAGAUCCGAAAUAUUUGCGAGAUCCGAAGCUGUUCGACCCACUGAAGCCCAUUCGACCACAUUCAUUCGCAUGA